CCAAGAUGGCCACCACCAAGCGUGUUCUCUACGUAGGUGGACUUGCAGAGGAGGUAGAUGACAAAGUUCUUCAUGCUGCUUUUAUCCCUUUUGGAGACAUCACAGAUAUUCAGAUUCCAUUGGAUUAUGAAACAGAAAAGCAUCGAGGAUUUGCUUUUGUUGAAUUUGAGUUGGCAGAGGAUGCUGCAGCGGCUAUCGACAACAUGAAUGAAUCUGAGCUCUUUGGACGGACAAUCCGUGUCAAUCUAGCAAAACCAAUGCGGAUCAAAGAAGGUUCUUCCAGACCAGUUUGGUCAGAUGAUGACUGGCUGAAGAAGUUUUCUGGGAAGACUCUUGAAGAGAAUAAGGAGGAAGAAGGGUCAGAGCCUCCCAAAGUAGAAAACCAGGAGGGAGAACCUGUAGCGAAGAAGGCACGUGUCACCCCCCAAGUGUACAUGGACAUCAAGAUCGGGAAUAAGCCUGCUGGCCGUAUCCAAAUCCGUCUACGUUCUGAUGUAGUGCCCAUGACAGCAGAGAAUUUCCGCUGCCUGUGCACCCACGAGAAGGGCUUUGGCUUCAAGGGAAGCAGCUUCCACCGAAUCAUCCCCCAGUUCAUGUGCCAGGGCGGCGACUUCACCAACCACAACGGCACUGGUGGCAAGUCCAUCUAUGGCAAGAAGUUUGACGAUGAGAACUUCAUCCUCAAGCAUACGGGGCCAGGCUUGCUCUCCAUGGCCAAUUCAGGCCCCAACACCAAUGGCUCCCAGUUUUUCCUGACGUGCGACAAGACAGACUGGCUGGACGGCAAGCACGUGGUGUUUGGGGAAAUCACAGAGGGCCUAGAUGUUUUACGGCAGAUUGAGGCCCAGGGCAGCAAGGAUGGGAAACCCAAGCAGAAGGUGCUCAUUUCAGACUGCGGGGAAUUCGUGUGAACAAGCACCCUGAGCCAAGAGCUAUCAGCCAUGAAAACAGCCGAGGGGUGCCCCUUACAAGGCAGAGGCAUCCUAACUUCCCAUGGGGAUUGCUAGGAGCAGCCAGG